GAAGAACGAUGUGGCAGACCAGGCAAAUUGAAAGUGAGCAAUCAUGAAUCAUCACAGACUGAAGAAGCUUGCUAACAUUAGUCCUUAUUCAUUAUUCUAUUAGCUGACAACCGUUCAUUGAAAAGCUCAGUUAAGAGUUGCAUGAUUCAGAUAUAUCCAUCAUCAUAACUCCUCUCUCAGCUGAAUUAAUUGAUAGAGAUAACAAUCAAUAAUUAUAGCGUUAGCAAGCUACAUUUCACUUUUUUUUGGUCGAAGAUGGCUGAUGCAGAUUUCGGUUUCGCAUCUGUGAACGGAGUGUUGCCUGUCGAUGUGGACCCUGCAGCAGCUUUCUUAGCCCAGCAAGAGAGCGAAAUAGCGGUGAUAGAGAAUAACGACGACGGCGGCGGAGGACCGGGAGCUUUGGAAGGAUCCGUUGAACAACCACCGGCAGCGGAUUCACCUGCUACUGGAGAAUACGAUGCUGGGUUUGCAGAGGCAUCAGCAGCCACGGUAAACGGAGACAUGUUUGAGCUGGAGUCCAACGGUCCAUCGGACAGCUAUGCGGCCAUCGCCCAGGUGGACUCUCUGAGAGCAGAGCCUGAGAGCCUGCGUAAGUGGAGGGAGGAGCAGAAGGCACGGCUGGAGCAACUAGACUCUGCGUCCAAGGCUGCGGAGGCUGAGUGGAAAGAGAAGGCCAAGAAAGAGCUGGAGGACUGGCAUAUGCACCAGAUUGAACAGAUGGAGAAGAACAAGUCCAACAACAGGCUCGCUGAUGAGACUUUCUACAAACAACCCAGCUCUCAAGUGAUACACUUUGUAGCAUCUGAAGAGGCCUUCCUGUCUGAGGCUGACAGUGACAGCCCAGGGACAGAGUGGGAGAGAGUGGCCUGUCUCUGUGACUUCAACCCCAAGACCAACAAGACAGCCAAGGACGUGUCCCGGAUGCGCUCGGUCCUCAUAGCCCUCAAACAGACACCUCUGGUGCGUUAGUACGGCCAAUAGAAUGGAGGGGUGGUGAUGUUUCCAUUUUUUUUAAACGCCUGCUCUUGAGUUAUGAACCCUGGUUUGCGUUAAGGCAGAAUGUUCUAGGCUCUUUUCAUAUCUACUCUUGGUUCAGGGUUCUUUAUAUGUUCAGACCCUCCUGUUUUCUGUUAUGUCUCUAACAUGUGGAGGAAAGGUAUUGUCUCUCCCGCCAUCUUUCCUUAUUCCGAUAUAAUGUAUCCAGUGGAUAUAAUAUACCUCACUUAACAUGAAUGACUGACUGCUCUCUGUCCUUUUAACUUCCCACAACAAUGCUUCUAUUUGACCACUACAUUACUGACGUUAAGAAAAUAUUGUUACUGUAAAUUCUUUAUUAAACUCCUUCCCUCUCAUAAAGGGAAGGGGCAUUGGUUCAAA